AAUUUUGCAGUCUUCUUUGCAAAUCAAGGCACAAGUAAUAGCUCGCUUGGCUAUCAACCUGCUAAAACGAGACUGAAAUGUAUUUACUGCACGUACCGUAUUAAUUCAGUAGCUACCGGUUUGUAACUCGACUCGUAGCCAAGUUAACGUGUUAUCUAAAGCGAUAGUCUCGGUAAUUACGUAUGUAACAAGUUAGGUUUUUGGCACCUGCAGCCGCACGCAUUGAGCUACAAACCAUAUAUUUAACUAGACUUGAGAGAUGUAGUCAGAAAUAAGUUCUCUUGGGAACUUAGCUAGCUAGAUAAAUUAACAUCAGGCCUAUUGUUUUAUUGAAGAUUGAUAACUAAAAUUGAAGUGCAAUGUCUCUGGUUUUCUCGCGACCAAACACCAACGCUAUUGGCAAGAAGGACAAGAGACUCAUGGCUGAGGUGAACGCCAGCCCGCUCAAGCACUUUGUCACAGCCAAGAAGAAAAUCAACGGCAUCUUCGAGCAGCUGGCCGCAUACAUUAAAGAAAGCUCGUCCUUUCUUGAAGACACACAUAAGAAUGAGGAGCUGGACCCGGUCACUACAGAGGAGCAGGUACAGGAGGUGCAUGGGUACCUGUCUAAGGUGGCAGGGAUUGGGGAGGUGCUGGCACGCAGACACAUGAAGUGUGUCUUCUUUGGAAGGACGAGUAAUGGGAAGAGUUCUGUGAUCAACGCCAUGCUGUGCGAUAAGGUGCUGCCCUCUGGAAUAGGACACACCACCAACUGUUUCCUCCGGGUGGAGGGCACCGAUGGCAAUGAGUCUUUCCUGCUCACAGAGGGAUCUGAGGAGAGGAAGAGCAUCAAAACGGUGAACCAGCUGGCCCAUGCCCUACAUCAGGAUCAAGACCUGGAUGCAGGAAGUCUAGUGUGUGUCAUGUGGCCCAAAGCAAAGUGUGCCCUGCUCCGGGAUGACCUGGUUCUGGUGGAUAGCCCAGGUAUUGAUGUCACAACGGAGCUGGACAGCUGGAUCGACAAGUUCUGCCUGGACGCAGACGUGUUCGUCCUGGUGGCCAACUCCGAGUCCACUCUGAUGCAGACGGAGAAGUCUUUCUUCCACAAGGUGAACGAGCGUCUCUCCAGUCCCAACAUCUUUAUACUGAACAACCGCUGGGAUGCUUCUGCCUCAGAGCCAGAAUAUAUGGAGGAGGUGAGGAGACAGCAUAUGGACCGCUGCACCAGUUUCCUGGUGGAUGAGCUGGGCGUGGUGGAUCGGGCACAAGCCGGCGACCGCAUCUUCUUUGUGUCUGCCAAGGAAGUCCUGCAGGCCCGUGUCCAGAAGGCACAGGGGAUGCCAGAAGCAGGUGGGGCUCUGGCCGAGGGAUUCCAGGCCAGGAUGUUUGAGUUUCAGAACUUUGAAAGGCGUUUUGAGGAGUGUAUCUCUCAGUCUGCAGUCAAGACCAAGUUUGAGCAGCACACAGUGAGGGCCAAGCAGAUCUCUGAGACCCUGCGUCUCAUCAUGGACUCUGUGCACGUGGCGGCUCAGGAACAGAGGAUUCACUGCCUGGAAACCAGGGAGGAGCGUCAGGACCGGAUGGAGUUCAUUGACAAACAGCUGGACCUGCUGACGCUGGACUGCAAGAGCAAGAUAAAGAGGAUCACAGAAGAAGUCGAGCGACAGGUGUCCAACGCCAUGGCAGAGGAGAUCAGGCGACUGUCGGUACUGGUGGACGACUUCCACAUGGACUUCCAUCCAUCUCAGACGGUGCUCAAGGUGUACAAGAAUGAGCUCCACCGACACAUUGAGGAAGGCCUGGGCAGGAACAUGUCUGACAGGUGUUCAACAGCCAUCACCGCUGCCCUGCAGACCACCCAGACUGAGAUGAUUGAUGGUCUUAAACCCCUUUUACCGGGGCCAGUCCGGGAGCAGGUGGAUAAGCUUGUGCCUCGGCAGCAGAUCUUCAGCCUCAGCUACGACCUGGCCUGUGACAAGCUCUGCAGUGACUUUCAGGAGGACAUCGGCUUCCACUUCUCCCUGGGCUGGACCAUGCUAGUCAACCGCUUCCUCGGGCCUAAGAACACACGCCGGGCUCUCAUGGGCUACAACGACCAGGUUCCCCGUCCCAUGGCCCUCACACCGGUCAGCACCAGCAUGCCUCCGUUCCCGCAGAGCUCCAUGACCCAGGAGGAACUGAUGGUGUCCAUGGUGACCGGCCUGGCCUCGCUCACCUCUCGCACCUCCAUGGGCAUUAUAGUGGUCGGUGGCGUGAUCUGGAAGGCCGUGGGCUGGCGUCUCAUUGCCCUCUCGGUGGGGCUGUAUGGCCUGCUGUAUGUGUACGAGCGCCUCACGUGGACCACCAAGGCCAAGGAGAGGGCCUUCAAGCGCCAGUUUGUGGACUACGCCAGCGAGAAGCUGCAGCUCAUCGUUAGUUACACCGGCUCCAACUGCAGCCACCAGGUCCAGCAGGAGCUGGCUGGCACCUUUGCUCAGUUGUGUCAGCAGGUGGAUGUGACCAGGCAGAACCUGGAGGACGACAUCACUGACAUGAACACAAAAAUUGAGCUGUUGGAUGCGCUGCAGAGCAAGGCCAAACUGCUCCGGAAUAAGGCUGGCUGGCUGGACAGUGAGCUGAACAUGUUCACCCAACAAUACCUGCAGCAGGGCCGGUAGAAGGGACCACCGACUGAAGAUGAACCCGCUGCGGAGAGAACAUUGAUCGUGGAAAGACCAAGACUCGUAGGGUGUUACCCGGAGAGAUUCCUCAUUACCUAGACUACAGUGUCACUUUGGUUUCAUGGUAGUCCAAUUGUGAAGUUUUCUUUGAAAAUGGCAGAUUGUUUUGAUUUAAGAUUCUUCAGGUCAGGAUGAAUAUUUCGAUUCUCUUUCCAAAGUGGAAUGACAAGAAAAUGAAUUCCGGCCCUCCCUCUGCUAGACCGGUGUGCCCACUGAAAUCAUUCAGUCUCUCCUUUGGGACAUUUUAGAAUAUUUGUGCUAGUAUUAAUUUAAAGAUAUAAUAUUUUAUCAGUACUUUGUAUAGAAUUGAUUUGAUACCAAGUACCGCCAUAUUAUAUGUUGUUAAAAUGGAUUUCCACUCUCCAUUUGCUGUAAGUACACCUGAAUGGCCAGACAGUGCUAUUGAUUUGAGUAGGACAGAGAGGAAAGGGUAGUCAGUCGAUUGGGUCCCUUUAUUAAUCAACAAUGUGCGUUCCAAAAACGGAUUUGGCUGCAUCUACUUCCUAGCUUGAGGUUAUAUAUUAAAGUAAAAAGCUGGCAGUAUUUUAAUAUUCUUUAUUCUGCUUUUGGGAAGAUGGGAAGGAGUUGAGUACAGUUAAGUUUGUUUGAGGUGCGUUUUCCGAGCCAUGUCUCACACACCUGCCUGGCCUAAGAGCAGAUGUACUUACAGCAAUGCUCUGUCUAUUAUUAUUUUUAUAUUUAUUUAAAUCGAAGUUUCAUGCCUUUGAACACGGAAAAUGAUUAAGUGCCACCUUGAAAAAAAAUGGCAAUCUGAAACUCAUGAGAAAAUAACUCACAAUGUUAUUGUAAAUACGGGGGGACUAGCAGGUAUGGAGGAGAUGCUUCAUGUAUUCCUCUGAGCUGCACACUGUUUGAUGAUAUCUCAAAGACUACACUGUAUAUAUACUCUGGCUAUGUAAUGACACUGGCUAUAUGAAACUGAGUGUUCUGUUUGAGGUUCAGCCCAUAUCUGUUGUGAAUGACCUCUCAUGCCUUGGGGCCAUGCGGUGUAUCUGUCCUGCUCACUGUCUUUAAAUAGUCCUCUGCUCAGUAGUCUUUGUGGGGCUGAGCUGAUCUUGCUCUGACCGAGUGUCUGCCUGGAGCACAUGAGAAACCAUGGUUGAGUCCGGGCGGUUUAGCUGUUUAACAGAAGACACAUUUAUUGGGUGGAUGGUAUGUGUAGAGCAAAACCAUGUGCUCUUAUGUCUCAUGUACAACUGAGGUUUCUUAUACUGGUUAUCUCCUUAAUUGUCAUGAUCAAACUGCUGCGCCCCAAAGCCUUGCCCCUGAGUUUAUAUUGAUGAAGGUACAUGUACUCAUAAUGUUGGCACAUAUUACCUUUUGAAAUGUUCUUCUGUCAUUAGCACUACCUUUGAAAGGCCUAUUCAUCACUAGUGAAUGUGUGUCAAUACAUGUAUGUAUAGUGUGUCACUAAUGCCAGUUGUCCUUCAGGUUUAUGUGUUUGGAUUGAAUGGUGGUUGUGCCAAGCUACUUGGAAAGUGGGAAGAGUUCAUCAGAGGGAGAAUGUGCACUUUAUAUUUUGCUGCUUUUCUUUGUACUUGACAAUUCAGCUUUUCUUUUCACCCUGUUUCUAAGCCAGAAUGCAAAUACAAUGUUAGAUAGAUGUUUGAGGUUGACGUAGGAUUGUAAUGUGUAGACCUGCAUGUGGAGACUGUUAGUUUGUGUCUUGUUAACCAUUAAUGCGAAAAGAUGAAGUUAACAAUGUAUUAAAGAAAGCAUUAAAGUGUUAAUGAAGAAGAAUGAAGUC